CGCAUCUGCACGGACGGAGAGAGAGACAGAGAGAGCUAUAUCAGGGAAAAACUGGCAAAGACAAAGGACUGGACAGUCUUUUGGACAUAAGAACAGACACAAUUCAGUUUUUAUACCGGUUUAUGGUAGAUACAACGUGACACCACGGCCAGGAAGCCGCCUGGUGAUUUUCAGGCACGCUUCAUUGUGUCUGUCCCUGUGGAUGUCAUGGUCAAAGGCUGGUGAUGGAGUUGUUGGCUUGAUGACUGGAUGGAGAGAGCUGUCAACACACUGAAACCCACAAAAGAUGGAGGAAGUGGAAACACACAGAGAGCAGCUGUACUUUGAUUGAUGCCACCACUGUGGUUUGGUGGAGGAAUAAUCUUUAAUUUUGGAGCAUCUGCAGCGUCUUUGUUUGCUGCCAAUUCUAUUUUGGCUUCUUUUCUAUACCAGCUCCCUCCUGUUCACCUUUUGUCUCAUCUAUCCUUUAGAUAAAGCAGGUGUUGCUGUGUUAAACAAGCCACAGGUCUCAUUUACUUCGCAACCCCCCACCUCCCUCUCAACCAUUCACAGACACACACACAAGCUCCUCUCCUCCAAGCGGCUGAGAGGUUGCUAUGGCAAUGGUUGUCAUGAUGCUGAUGUAGCGUUUCGAACGUAGUAGUUGUGGAGGUAGAGGUGGAGCCGGAGGAGGUGGCGGCGGCAGUGGCGGUGCUGGUGGUGAACGUCCAGGGAUGGGAAGCGCUCCGUAUCCAGCUGGUGAGUGGAAGGGGAAGGGGAGAGGCAGCCUGCAAGAGCUGGGCUGUAUGCCCUGGAAGGUCGGCAAGCAGAAAGGAGCAGGUGGAGCGGGUGGAGGAGGAGAGAUGGUGGUGGGAGCGGAGGAGAGGAAGAACAGGGAUCCCACGGACUCUCAGCAACAGCAGCAGCAGCAAGAUCUCUCAUCCUCCUCGUCUUCCCUCACCUCCCCGUUGCCUCCCCAACCCUCUCUGACACCUCCGGCCAUUUACCACGAGAAGCAGCGGAGAGAGCUGUGCGCUCUGCACGCGCUCAAUAACGUCUUCCAGGACGGAACAGCUUUCAGUAGGGACACCCUGCAGGAGAUAUUCCAGAGGCUUUCUCCCAGCACUCUGGUGACACCUCACAAGAAGAGCAUGCUGGGAAAUGGGAAUUAUGAUGUAAAUGUCAUUAUGGCUGCCCUGCAGACCCGAGGGUUUGAGGCAGUAUGGUGGGAUAAAAGAAGGGAUGUUUGCAGCAUCGAGCUGUCAAACGUGACAGGCUUCAUUCUGAAUGUGCCGUCCAACCUGCGCUGGGGUCCUCUUCGGCUGCCGCUCAAACGGCAGCACUGGAUAGGAGUCAGAGAGGUGGGGGGAGUUUACUACAACUUGGACUCUAAGCUGCGUAGCCCUCAACCCAUUGGCAACCCGGAUGAGCUCAGGAAGUUUCUCCGCCAGCAGCUGCGAGGGAAGAACUGUGAACUCCUAUUGGUCGUCUCAGAGGAAGUGGAGGCACACCAAACAUGGAGGUGUGAUGGCUAACGGUUUAAUCAGCCAAUCACUGUUCCAACAAGGCCAGCUGGCCAAUCACAGAAUGAACGGGAGAUUAAGUAGGGUUGUGCACAGCCAAUCACAUGGAUGCACUCUGCAGAUGUAUUUUCCCCCUCUUUUGGGUUCUGUUUACACAACCGUUGCUGGACUCUUUCUGAUAAGACGCAAAGCAAUGAAGGAAGCAAACACUUUCCAGGGAGAAUCAAAGAAUCACAGUCCUUUACUCGAAACACAGUUAAGACUUACAAAGAGUUACUAUUCUGUUUCUGCUAUUGUUGUGUUUUUUUUGUGUAUAUAUAUAUAUAUAUAUAUAUACAUAUAUAUAUAUAUAUAUGACUAUUUUUCAAUGUCGGUUUCGAUCCGUUUAUUUUUGUUUUCCUUUUUACCGUUCAAGUUUCCAAAGUCAUGGGAGUUCAGGCUUUCUGAAAGAUGCUGUGUUUAUGUGCCUGUCUCCCUCAGUGAUCCUCCAGCUACAGUCCCGAUGUUCACUGAUGUGUCUUCUUGCUUCUGUCUCUACCUUCACGUUGUGAUUCACUCUCUGUCCUUAUCCUCUAUCCUUCACUUUCACCAAAGUGUGCCGUAACCUGCCUCAGCGUGACUCCACUUCAGUCCUUCUCUCUUGUCACUUUUUUGCGUAUUAUACGUCAGAAACAGAUUGCCAACUUUGUAUUUCACCAUUUCCCGAAACACUUGUGGCACAGACUGAGCCUACACUUAGCACAGAGGCUGUGCCGACACAGUUUUAUAUGCAACAGAACAAUGCAACACCCAGGCCAAGCACUCCCUCUAGUGGAGGUUUGACUCAGUUUCCUUUUAUUGAAGAUCUAAGAGCAUCAUUCAGCUAUUAUUUUUUAAGUUAUUCACUUCUAGGUGGUUGCUUUAAAGAAUGAACAGUGCUAUUCAUAGAAGAUAUUAUUUCAUUUAGACACUUAUCAGAAUUACACACUAACAUCCAAGUUAUGGCAGAAUAAAAACUGGUUAUUUAAAUUAUUGAUGAAAUCUAAAUUGUCCCGAAGAUAGAUCCCAAAGCCAAACUUUGUGUAAGGUGGAAGGGCGAAAAACUAGUUUUCCAAUAAUGAAUGAAUGGUUCUAAAAAAUGUAAAUGCAAAAAACUCAAAUUCUUUGAUUCAUAUUUAAUAAGGUAAACAGAAAGAUAAAUAGAUAUUGAAUCCUGAGCUCUACCAAAAAAAAAAAAAAAACUUUCUGACACUUUGUAAACAAAAUGAUUAUUAGGGAAAUACUUAUCAGUGAAACCAGCAAUGAAAAUGAGGCUUGGUUCAGUGAAGUCAUUCUGCUGAUGAGUAUAUGUGGUUCAGUCAAAAGUUAAAACAACAGAGUAUCUUAAUUAAAUCUGUCACUACUAAUGAGAUAAAAGAUGUAGAAGUCAUUAUAUAUUGAUAUGAAGAAACACAUAUUUUAUUCCUUUAACAUCACCCACCUAAGAAAGAGCUAUAAUAAUAAAAUAAUACUUUAUUACAGAGUUUUAAAAUGGCAUUACUUUGACAAGAUACAAAAAAGGGACAAUACUUUGUAAUAUUUUGAUUUAAGAGUCCACAAUGGUCCACAGGGUCACCAUCACAGCAGCCCUCUGUAGCACAGGAGCUCUGCUGAUGCAGGGCUCCUCCUCUUCUUAAACUUCUUUUCCUAAACCUGCCAAACAGCACUGAGGGGAUGUCACAAAUUGUUUCAACUAAACAGUCAACAGGGGGCUCAAAUGUGUGUGGAUUCAGUCUGAGGAGGGGUUAUGAGAUGAGCUGCACAAAGGGAAGUCGUCAGAUGGAGCGAAGUGUGCCUGAGGGGGAGAGAAAUAUAGGAAAAGGAAAUGUAGAAAGAAAAGUGAAAAGUGACAGGCUGGUUGUGAGCACAUGUCUCGUCAGACUUGUGUUGUAGAUGAUUAUUGUGAAAUGAGCCUUAUGAGAGAUUCCACUUUUUGUAGCUUUCAGAUCUAUCAGCUGAAGAGAAACUGUUAAUACUCUAAAUAUAUUGUCUGUGUAAUGACAAUAUUGGCCUUAACUUGUUUACAUAAAAUAAUAUUUGUUGCUCUGAAAAGAAUCUAUGAGGGUUUGUGCAGUUUGUUGCCAUUUCAGGAGCUUUAUUCCAAAGCACCUAUUUAUCCUAAAUCUAAAGGAAAAGCAACUUAUCAAAUAUGAUGUUUUCACUUUUGAAGCCAAGGGCUUUAUGUUAUUUACAAUAGUUUGAAAUGAAAUGAUUUUCUAAAGAUCACAUGUUUUUCAAUGGUGCAUGUCUUAUUUUGAAAUGAAACACUUCACCUUCUGCCCGUUCUAGUCCUUCAUUGUCAUAUCCAAGUUAACCUGCAGUAAAACUUCAUAGAGGUAGACAUAAAGUUGGACCCAGUAACAUGACUAGUGUCUAACAAUUUAAUUGAAUUUUGUUUUAUUUGCCAUGACAAUCUUUCACCCCCUCUUACUGAGAUAAAUCAGAUUGUCACUGUUUUUUUGUUUAUUUGUUUUUUUAUUUUUGCAUACAAAUAAAAUGCUUAUAAUGGCACUUUA